UUCUGACCAAAUAUUAUUUCCGUAAAGAUAUGAGUGGGCGCAUUUUUACCUUGGUAGUUUUAUAGCUUAUUGUUAUAGUUUGAUCUGUGACUGUCGAGUGCAUAGUUUGAUCUUUGACGGUCGUGUGCGCAAUCUUUUUGUGGGUAUAUAGAAGGUUUUUUUGUUUAUAUAUAAUUUUAAACCAAAGGAUUGAACUGAGAUUUUUAAGCACAGCUCAGAGCCAUGCAAUCUAACGAAUUUCGUAAACGCGGAAAAGAGUUAGUAGAUUAUAUUGCUGAUUAUAUGGACACCCUGCAUAGAAGGCGAGUUACACCUGAAGUGGAGCCGGGCUAUUUAGCAGAACUACUACCCAAAGAAGCACCCAAGAAACCGGAAGAGUUCAAUGAUAUUAUGAAAGAUGUGGACAGAGCAAUAAUGCCAGGGAUAACUCACUGGCAGCAUCCUAAUUUCCAUGCCUAUUUUCCUGCCGGUAAUUCCUACCCUUCUAUUUUAGGUGAUAUGUUAUCAAACGCUAUAGGAUGUAUAGGCUUCUCAUGGGCUGCUAGUCCUGCUUGUACUGAAUUAGAAACAAUAGUAAUGGACUGGAUGGGUAAAAUGAUCGGUCUACCGAGGGAGUUUUUACAUGAAGGUGGAGACGGUGGUGGUGUUAUACAGGGAUCAGCAAGUGAAUGUGUAUUGGUAUCUCUUUUGGUUGCUAGACAUCUUGCUAUACGACAGCUGAAGAGUCGCUUGCCCUAUACCGAAGAUGGAAUAUUGGUGUCUAAAUUGGUAGCUUAUUCUUCUAAACUGGCCCACUCUUGUGUAGAAAAGGCUGGGAUGAUUGGAUUUGUCAAGAUGCGACAACUGGAUGUUGAUGAAAAUUUCGCCCUGAGAGGCCAUGUUUUGGAACGAGCUAUCGAAGAAGAUAGACGACUUGGUCUAAUCCCUUUCUUUGUAAGUGGAACCCUAGGCACCACAGCCUGUUGUUCUUUUGAUAAUCUAGCUGAACUAGGAGAGGUGUGUGCUAAUGAGAAUAUUUGGUUCCAUGUUGAUGCAGCGUAUGCGGGUAAUGCUUUGAUAUGUCCUGAAUUCCAACAUUUACUAAAAGGAAUAGAGAAAGUAAACUCAAUAAACUUCAACACUAAUAAAUGGUUACAGGUUAAUUUUGAUUGUUCAUUGUUUUGGGUAAAAGAUAAAGAUGCUUUAACAAUGGCCAUGACAGUUGAUCCUUUAUAUUUACAACAUAAACAUAGUGAUAGAGCUAUAGACUUCAGGCACUGGGGUAUACCACUGAGUAGGCGAUUCCGGGCGCUAAAAUUAUGGUUUGUUAUAAGAACGUAUGGCGUUGAUGGACUGCAACAUAGAAUAAGGGAGCACUGUCGAUUGGCUAAAUUAUUUGAAACGUUGGUAUCAGGAGACAACAGAUUUGAAGUACUAGGGAAAGUAACCAUGGGAUUGGUUUGUUUUAGAUUAAAGGGUAGCAAUUCCUUGACACAGAAACUGUUGAAAAUAAUCAACGAAUCUGGUAAACUUCACAUGGUACCGGCUCUUAUAAAUGAGCACUACGUCAUUAGGUUUGCUAUCUGUGCAGAAAGUGCUUCUCAGGAGGAUAUACGAUUUGCUUGGAAAACCAUAUCUAUCAUUGCAACUGACAUGUUAGCUCGAAAACUGAGUCGUUUUGAUAGCAACAUACCUCUGGAUAACUCCAGCACCGAGAGCUUCGCCGAUGAAGAAGAUGACGAAGUCUUCCCCGAGUUCGACAAUAACAUAAUCUUCGAUAACCAGAGAUGCAAUUUACAAAGAGCGCGACUACGUAGAAACUUAUUUUUGAAGAUGGUAUCGGAUCCAAAAAGUUACAAUCCGCGGGUACUAAAGUCGUUGAACUUUGAACUUGGUCCCCGACAUCGGAGUAAAUCGCUAGGUGGUACAGAUGCUAUGUCUCUCAGUCCAGAUUUUUAUUUUGGUACAUCUAUAUAAAUUCCCACAGAUUAUAGAAUUUGUUUAAACCGGGGCAUUAUAACACUAUUUAUUUUUUUCUUAUUUUCUUUUGUAAACAGUUCAAAUGUAAAUUUCAAGGCUAUAAUACAAAUGGUAGGCGGACAAUGCAAAUAUUACAACUACGGUUUAUAGACUAUAUAGCAGUAAUUGUGCUUUAAUAUCUUUUUACAUUCUCAUCUAAAUGCCCAAAUGGUAUGAUUAUUACAUGCGUGGUUAUUAUAUGUUUAACGGCAUUGGAAAAACAUACUGUUUUAGUGACCCUUAUUCAGAUGUUUUCAAACGACGUUAACCUGGACAGGGCAGAGCUGCAUCUCAACAACAUUCGGUAAAUAUGUGGGUAUGGUGACCGAAUGUUGACAGCAUUAAACUACAUUUAGAAAGUUCGAAUUAAAAAAGUAUCUGAACAUUUAAAGAUAUCAUCCGUAUAUUAAUAGAAAGUAAACCGGAAUGAAUGAAAACAACAGGUAAGAAGAGGGUCAAUAUCAAACGUCAUUAAUCAAAAAUAAGGACCGGAAAGUGUUAUUAAAACAAUUAGUUUUAAUCAUGUCUUUUAAACAUAUUUUCAGUGUUUACAGAAGCAUAAUAUUAAAGAUGAAAGCUUAAAAUCAGCAGAAACUAACUUCAAAUGGCAAAAACAUGGGUUAUAAUUUAUGAAUAAUUUUUGCAGCAAUAAGCUUUUGCUUAGAGUACUUCAACUGAGUUUAUAAUGGGCUAAUGACGGUCCAAGUUUAGAAUCGCUGUUGAUUCCUACAUCUCUUGGCAUAUCUUUAUUACAUGUCGUGGCAAUGAUGGCUUAAUGAUAUUAAGUAAGUGCGCGAAGCGUAUUCAAUUUUACCGCCAUUUGAAAACAUGUUGUUUUUGCUUAGACAUUCGCAGCGAUUGAAAAGAAAGCAAAAGUUGUAUAUGUGAAUAGCCGUUUGGAACACGGGCGCUGAUUAGUUCAUCGAAUGACCAACGUCAUAGGGCAAAAUGUCACUUGUAUGACCUCUGACGCGACCUUCAACUACUACCGAUCAGAUCUUCAUGUUGUGGGGGAUAUUGAAAGUAUAAUGAAACGAAACAUAGAUCUGUAUUUUAAUCAGAUUCCCCAUGAGAACAGGAAGAAAACUUGAUAAUAAAGGGAGAUGGGUACUAAACAAUAUUAUUUCUAAUGUUUACACCAAUACCUGCUGCAGUUGCAAAAACACUUCAAUAUAGGCCUAUACAAGUACAAAUUUAUUAAUUUUGUUAUCUCAGUCUAUGUUUAUUAAUUUGUUUUCUCCUGAUAAUGGAUGUUGUUAAACUGUACAUUCUGUAAGUAAAUUAUGUAUAACCCUGUAUUGUCCAUAUAACGUAGUGUAUAAUUAUUAUGCAAUGAAAUAAA